CGCGGCGCCAGCCAGACACCAGUGUAGUGUUGUAUGUUGAACCGAGUGGAGCUUGUGCCUUGAACUCGUGACGCUUACUUUGAGUCGCACGUCACGUAGUUUUGUAUAAAACGAUCCUUCCAAUUGUUUUGAGAGUACGGAAAGACUGGAGAGUAUUUGUUAGAAGUCAAACGUUGGAGAGAAACUCUUAAUUGGCACAAUUAAACUGGAAAGCUGAUCAGUCUUCUCUAGAUUGGUGUCUUCAGCGUAGGGCAGUUCGUUGCCUGUCACCACGGAGCCUCAAGUCAACAUGCCUCCUGUCAUCCAGGACUCAUCCAUCUCCCUCUCGUCCAUCACGGAAGAGGAGGAAGUGGAGACACAGGAGGCCUUGCUGGUGAUGGCAAAACUACAGAGUGUACUGCGCCGUGGGGUGGAACGCUAUCUCACAUGUCACGCUGUUCUGCUGCCCCGCCCUACUCUCCUCAAGGCUGCACAUGAUGUGCUGAGGUUGUGCGCCCAACGACCCAGCGGCCUUCGCGGUGCUGUUGUCGAUCUUUAUCUUAGGGACAACGAUACGUGCAAGAGGCUGGCGCAGGUGGUGGCUGAUCCUCGUGUAGAUACCAAGACAGUCAUAAAGCUUACCCUGCAUCGGGAUCCUUCCUCAUCUGAUCCCGGUGUGUUGAAUCUACUCUCUGGGUACACGAUGGAGCGAUCUUGCCUCCCGUGAUCACAGGCGACUGCUAUGAAAGCCGCGCUGCAGCUGCCUCUAUUAGAAAUAUGCUCAGCAGCUGAGUCGCUACAUGGCGGUAGGGACCACGUCGACCACUGUCUGGUGGUAGAGUAACGAUGGUAAAUGCCCAAUGCGAAAUUGUAUGAAUUGAUAACGUUUCCUGGAAAGUAUUGUGUGAGAUGUGCACAUUAUUCUGCAGGAGGCCCUUGAUCGGGCUGUAUCCGGGUCACAGCUGGACCGUCAGCAUGAUAAUCUGUCUAUGCAACUUUCCUUUGAAGUGAUAAUUUGUUACAGCAUUUAUCCCAUAUUAAUUUCGUAAGGCAUAGCCAACCGUUUGUCGCUAUCAAGGGUAUACUUGUCAGCUACCAGACUGAUGAGGUGCAGGGACUCGCGUCUCAUCAGGCAACCUUCGUGUGCUCUGUAAGACCAAAUGGAAUGAUGCCCAAGAGAGAAAGAAACUGGUGCCUGAAUGGAUGAAGGGGUGUUGCGGAGAAAUGAAAGGGUAUGGCUGCUGUUUGGGGAUAUAUCUAUCGGGGUUCAUGUACUGGGCUUCCGUCCUCAUUGUUCAUUUCGUCAAUAUAGAACAUAUGGGUGGUGUUAACAUUUGCUGCAUUUUGCCAGACAGUGUCUUCACUCUCUUGUUUACAGUUUAUGUCGGUUUCGGUCAAAUGUUAAGACAUUUAUGUAGAAAAAUAAUUAUGGAAGGAAAUAUAUUAAUAUUAUACAUGUACUGUACUUACAUUGUCAUUGCUCUCAUCCAUCAUUACGUUCAUUACUCAUUACUGUAUAUACAUACGUCAUGUCACACAUCUCAUCACGAAGUGUAUAAUACAUAAAUGUAUACAUAUACAUUGAAUUCAUAGUUCAUCUUUCCAUAUGCAUGGUAUGUAAAUUAAGCAUAGACGUCUUCCAUCUCUUUUAAAUGCUACAUCCGAAUAGGAAAUGAGCAAAGGAACAUUUCAUCCCUACUCCAACCGAACUGUAAGUUUGAGUGCCACCAAGUGUGUUUUAACCCAUCUAGUGUCAGGUUAAUAUGGCCUGCUAUGCCUGUGUGAAGUGGAGAGGGAUGCAUUGUGUUGCGUGCAGUAUAGUAAUUGCCAAAAGUCUAAAAAACUGUUUACACUUCCAUUUUGUUUCUUCCACAAGUCUUUUUAUCUGCUGACAAUCUCAUUACAAAACCUUAAUGUAGAUAGAUUCUUAGCAGAUCAGAGGACUUAGAACCGAGUAAAAACUAAGCACAGUGGACUACGACUAUGACUGUACCCCUAAUGUUGAGUUACCAGGGGGUGAAGAAUUGUAAACUUGGCCUAAUCAAGUCUAACCUAGGAACUUAUAUUUGUAUAUUUUGUAACUUUGAAUAAAUUGCAGGAAAUUUAUAAUCUUUUUUCAUUUGUGACAUACUUUGAAUUAGUGGGAUGAUGAACACUUGUGGGCCAGUGAGGAAGUGGCUGAUGUUUGGUUUUGCAUAGUAAGAGGGAUUGAUCCACUAGAUAUUGUUAGUAAAUAUAAAAAGAUAAACAAUGAUAUCAUUACGUAGAAUUUAUCAACUUAACAACCAUUUUUUAAAGUAUAUUAAAAAAAAUAUUGAACGAUCUUGGCAACAUUUAGCGCGGUGAAAUCAAAGUAAGGAACUAAUGUUUUCAAGAACGUUCUCAAGUUCUUACAGUGACAGUUAAACAAAAAUUUUGUAUCAUCGAUAAAGAAAACCGAGAAUCCGAAUCGUGUUUGUAAGUUCUGUGAGACUAGUUUUCCGCCUACUCCUUUUGUGAAUAUGGCAGAGUGUAGCAACUAUCAAGUGUGCUGAUACGGAGGCAGCUGCGCCGUAUAGUGGGCGGUGGCGUGCCAACAGCUGUCCCGAUAACUAGUCUGCCUUAACAGCAGACUCCUUCAGGCUGCGGCACUAUCAAGCGUCCACCCAAUGGAAGGCCCGAGCUCUACUCUAGCUUUGUGGAGCAAUAAAUUCCUGGUUUUCUUACGGGAUUCGAAGUAUGAUGGACCAGACACAAAGAUGAAGACCCACAACUUCACAAACAUUUACAACCUCCUGUUUGUCCCUGGUGAACGCCACGAAGAGCACGGUGAUCCGCCGUCUCCAGAUGCGGUCAUCCAGUACAUGAUAAACCAAGGUCUUCUAAUAAAAGAAGAAGAGUUUUUAAGAGUUUUUCACGGUAGUUGAAAAAUUCUCAAAGCAUUGGUUAUUGAUGGAAACAUUCAUCAAAUAUUCACUUCGUAUAUAGCGUUACUAAUGCAAGUGAUUCAUUUACAACCAAAAAUUAAACACUAUUUCAAUGAGUGUUGAAAA